CUCGCUCAGUCUGGCGGGCCCCAUGUUACUGAGCGGGGCUCCUCCGGCGGGCUCCCGCCCGGGGCCACGGACGCAGGGGAGCUCUGGGGGCGGACCGGGGGGCUCCCGCCGGGGCGCCGGGGGUGCGGGAGCCGGACCAGGAGGGGGUGGCAGCGGCGGAGUAGCCAAGUGGCUCCGGGAGCACCUGGGCUUCCGCGGGGGGCUUGGCGGCGGAGGGGGCAGCAAGCCGGCGCCCCCGGAGCCUGACUACCGCCCCCCUGCGCCUUCUCCGGCCGCACCCCCCGCGCCGCCCCCGGACAUCCUGGCCGCCUACAGGCUGCAGCGGGAGCGCGACUUCGAAGACCCCUACUCCGGGGGGUCGUCCAGUUCCGCCGCCCUCGCCACCCCCGCCACCCCCGGCCCCACGCCGCCCCCGCGCCACGGCUCUCCCCCACACCGCCUUAUUCGGGUCGAGACCCCUGGGCCCCCGGCGCCCCCUGCUGAUGAGCGGAUCUCUGGACCCCCCUCCAGCGGCGACAGGCUAGCAAUCCUGGAAGACUAUGCGGACCCGUUUGAUGUUCAGGAGACUGGCGAAGGCUCAGCAGGAGCUUCAGGAGCCCCAGAGAAGGUCCCUGAAAAUGACGGCUACAUGGAGCCCUAUGAGGCCCAAAAGAUGAUGGCCGAGAUCCGGGGCUCCAAGGAGACAGCAGCUCAGCCCUUGCCUCUGUAUGACACACCAUAUGAGCCAGAGGAGGAUGGGGCCACCCCGGAGGGUGAAGGGGCCCCCUGGCCCCGAGAGUCUCGCCUGCCAGAGGAUGAUGAGAGGCCCCCAGAGGAGUAUGACCAGCCCUGGGAGUGGAAGAAGGAGCGGAUUUCCAAAGCCUUUGCAGUUGACAUUAAGGUCAUCAAAGACCUACCUUGGCCUCCACCUGUGGGACAGCUGGAUAGCAGCCCCUCCCUGCCUGACGGGGACAGGGACAUCUCCGAUCCAGCCUCGCCCCUCCCAGAGCCGAGCCUGGAGGACAGCAGCGCCCAGUUUGAAGGAUCGGAGAAGAGCUGCCUGUCACCUGGCUGGGAGGAAAAGGGGCGGCUACCUCCCCGACUCUCUGCAGGGAACCCCAAGUCAGCCAAGCCCCUAAGCGUGGAGCCCAGCAGCCCCCUGGGGGAGUGGACAGAUCCAGCACUGCCUCUGGAAAACCAGGUCUGGUAUCAUGGGGCCAUCAGCCGAACCGACGCCGAGAACCUGCUCCGGCUAUGCAAAGAGGCCAGCUACCUGGUGCGCAACAGUGAGACCAGCAAGAAUGACUUCUCCCUCUCCCUCAAGAGCAGCCAGGGCUUCAUGCACAUGAAGCUGUCCCGGACCAAGGAACACAAAUAUGUGCUGGGCCAGAACAGCCCACCCUUCAGCAGCGUCCCUGAAAUUGUGCACCACUAUGCCAGCCGCAAGUUACCCAUUAAGGGGGCCGAACACAUGUCUCUGCUCUACCCUGUGGCCAUCCGGACUCUUUAGAUGUGAAGCCAGGGCACUGUGAUAGACCUGCACCCAGCCCUGUGCCCAUCACCUGGCUGAGGGCCAUGGCUCUUCCCAGAGACAUGAUCUCAGAAAUCUUUCUUCUCUCGGGAUCUAGUAGAAGCUGAAGAUUCCUUAAUUUAUUCUAAAGGGAAAGGGCUCCUGGGUCCUUGGAGUAAGGGGUUGUCUGGAGCUGGGGAUAGAUAAACUCUGGAGAGAAAGGAUAGCCCCUGGAGGAACGGGGUUCCAGAACUGCUGGGGUCCUAGGAGUUUCAUAUUGGCAGCUCUGGCUCCUUUCCGACCAUAGGGCAGAGGUGGUGACUUCCACCACCACCACCCUUCCCCACUGGGUCUGUGCGAGGUGGAAUUCGGCCCCACGGGGCGCCUGACCAUCUCUGCCUCCGUCCCCGCCUUCCACCCCACACCACUGGAGGGCUCGGCCCGGAGUCUGGUACGAGGUUUGGGGAAGGUAGGCCCCUGGGAAGCAGCCGGCUUUUGGGGGAUGGGGAGAGGAGGGGAAGGGCUCGGGCAGAGGGAACUGUGCAGUCCCCAGGCCGCCCCGGCUCCGGGCCAGAGGCCAUAAAUAAACCCGAUCCUGCCGGGCACGGCCGCGCCCGCGCCUCCGGCGCCGUCCCCGGCAUGACCGGGGAGGGAGCGGAGAAGCGAGCUCAGAUUCUGCUUAUAAAUCAGCUCUGGAGCAGACACAGCCCGGCUGUGAAAAGCA